GUGUUAGAAAACUACUCGGAUGCUCCAAUGACACCAAAACAGAUUCUACAGGUCAUAGAGGCAGAAGGACUGAAGGAAAUGAGAAGUGGGACUUCCCCGCUCGCGUGCCUCAAUGCCAUGCUGCAUUCCAAUUCCAGAGGAGGAGAGGGGCUGUUUUAUAAACUACCUGGCCGAAUCAGCCUUUUCACACUCAAGAAGGAUGCCCUGCAGUGGUCGCGCAGUCCGGCUGCAGUGGAAGGAGAGGAGCCAGAAGACACAGCUGAUGUGGAGAGCUGUGGGUCUAAUGAAGCCAGCACUGUGAGUGGUGAAAACGAUGUGUCUCUCGACGAAACAUCUUCAAAUGCAUCCUGUUCCACAGAAUCUCAGAGUCGGCCUCUUUCCAGUUCCAGGGACAGUUACAGAGCUACUGCACAGGCAAACAGACAAAAGAAGAAGACUGGGGUGAUGCUGCCUCGAGUUGUCCUGACUCCUCUGAAGGUAAACGGGGCCCACGUGGAAUCUGCAUCAGGGUUCUCGGGCCGCCACGCCGAUGGCGAGAGCGGCAGCCCGUCCAGCAGCAGCAGCGGCUCUCUGGCCCUGGGCAGCGCUGCUAUUCGUGGCCAGGCCGAGGUCGCCCGGGACCCUGCCCCGCUCCUGAGAGGCUUCCGGAAGCCGGCCACAGGUCAAAUGAAACGCAACAGAGGGGAAGAGAUAGAUUUUGAGACUCCUGGGUCCAUUCUUGUCAACACGAACCUCCGUGCCCUGAUAAACUCCCGAACGUUCCAUGCCCUGCCAUCACACUUCCAGCAGCAGCUCCUCUUCCUGCUGCCUGAAGUGGACAGACAGGUGGGGACCGAUGGCCUGCUGCGUCUUAGCAGCAGUGCACUGAAUAAUGAGUUUUUCACCCACGCGGCUCAGAGCUGGAGGGAGCGCCUGGCUGAUGGUGAAUUCACUCAUGAGAUGCAAGUCAGGAUACGACAGGAAAUGGAGAAGGAAAAGAAGGUGGAACAGUGGAAAGAAAAGUUCUUUGAAGACUACUAUGGACAGAAGUUGGGUUUGACCAAAGAAGAGUCAUUGCAACAGAACAUGGGUCAGGAGGAGGCCGAGAUUAAGAGCGGCUUGCAUGUCCCAGGAGAAUCAGCCCGGCCACAGCGAGGUCCUGCCACCCGACAGCGAGAUGGGCAUUUUAAGAAACGCUCUCGGCCAGAUCUCCGAACCAGAGCCAGAAGAAAUCUGUACAAAAAACAGGAGCCAGAACAAGCAGGGUGUGCUAAAGAUACAAAGCCUGCGGCACCAGAUAUCUCCUUCUACAAAGAUGGGGAGGCUAAGAAUGACUCAGUAGCGGGGAGCAGUUCCCACCUGCCACGGCUGUCCUCUGGGCCACCUGACCCAGAGGGUCCCGAAGUCCCAGUCAAACCCGUGGCUUCCCAGAUCCAGACUGAGCCAGACAACUUGGCACGCGCCUCUGCGUCCCCAGACAGAAUUCCCAACUUGCCUCAGGAAACUGUGGAUCAGGAGUCCAAGGAUCAGAAGAGGAAAUCCUUUGAGCAGUCAGCCUCUGCCUCCUUUCCCGAAAAGAAGCCCCGGCUUGAAGAUCGUCAGUCCUUUCGUAACACAAUUGAAAGUGUUCACUCCGAAAAGCCACAGCCCACUAAAGAGGAGCCCAAAGUCCCGCCCAUCCGGAUUCAACUUUCACGUAUCAAACCACCCUGGGUGGUUAAAGGUCAGCCCACUUACCAGAUAUGCCCCCGGAUCGUCCCCAUCACGGAGUCCUCCUGCCGGGGAUGGACUGGUGCCAGGACCCUCGCAGACAUUAAAGCCCGUGCUUUGCAGGUCCGAGGGGCGAGAGGCCACCACUGCCAUCGAGAGGCGGCCACUGCCAUCGGGGGGGGGGGUGGCCGGGGUGGAGGUGGCGGCGGGGCCACCGAUGAGGGAGGUGGCAGAGACAGCAGCCGUGGUGAUGGUGGUGAGGCCUGUGACCACCCUGAGCGCAGGGGAGCCCCAAGCACCCCUGGAGAGUGUGCGUCAGAUCUACAGCGAACACAACUACUGCCGCCUCGUCCUUUAAAUGGAGAGCACACCCAGGCCAGAAUUGCCAUAUCCAGAGCCAGGAGAGAAGACCUGGAUUUUCUCAGAAAGGAGGAAAGCUGUCCCCUCCAGGGGGUUCCAGCCAUACUCCCAAGUGGGCCAGAAGAUGCCUCCCAACUCCCCAUUGCUCCCACUGGGGACCAGCCGUGUCAGGCUUUGCUCCCACUGUCCUCCCAAACUUCAGUAGCUGAGAGGGACGUUGAGCAGUCCACAUUGCACCCGGAUGUUAGAACUGAAUGUGAAUCUGCUACCACUUCCUGGGAAAGGGAGGGCGAGGAGCCAGGACCGCCUGGUGCCCUGGAAAACGGUCCUGUCCAGUCUCCAGUGGGAGGAGGAGCACUAGAAAUAGGAACUGGCUUGGCUCUUGACAGGACUCCAACAAGGAAGGGUCCUGUACGUGUGACCCCCUGCCCCACACCUGAGUCAUCACUAGCUGGCUGCGUCCAGGACGGACCAUUUGGAGAGGAAUUAGGCUUUGGUGGCUUAAGCUCACCCAUGAGGGAGAGUGAGACUGAGUCUGCACAGGAGAAUUGGAUGCCCAAGGCCCUCAUUUCCCACCACUCUGCUCCUUGGGUGCCUGUUCCAUCAGAUGAUGAACUGGGGGAACAGCCUGGGCCAGAAUCCACAGAAAACGUGCCCCCAAUUGGGCCCCAGGUUAGAGAAGAGUGGGAGAAAGCUGCUCCCCUUGUUCCCGUGUUUCCUGGGAGUUUGACAGCCGAGGAAGGCCAAGAACCCCCUGGCAGCCUUCCUCCACACUGGACAGUGCGGGCUCAAGACGUCGACAGCACUGGCAGCCGCUGCCAGCAGGCAGAUGUUGACAGGCUAAAAAUCAAUGGAGACUCUGAAGCACUGAGUCCUCACAGUGAAUCCACGGACACAGCCUCUGACUUUGAAGGCCACCUCACCGAGGACAGCAGUGAGGCCGACAUCACCGAAGCCACAGUGACCAAGAGAUCCUCAGUGGACAAGGAUGAGAAACACACUUGGAACCGAUCUAGUUCGCUGUCCAAGGUGAAUGGCGACCUGAGUCUGUUUACAAGGACAGACAGGAUUGUUGCUCCUCAGAGCUGGGUGUCUCGAGUAUGUGCAGUACCCCAGAAGAACCCAGACUCCUUGCUGCUGGCCCAUUCUGAGUACCAGCCGAGACCCGCCUGCCUGACUAGGCUUGGGUCCUCUGUGGAGGCCACUAACCCACUUGUGAUGCAGUUGCCACAAGGGAACUUGCCCAUAGAGAAGGUUCUUUCUCCAUCCCAUGGUGGCAGUGAGCCAGAAUCCACGCAGCUCCCACCCACAAGAGAGCAGAGCUGUGGUGGCUCCCUGGGCAUGGGAUCUCUGCAUGAUCCUAGGGAGAACAGUCACACUGUUGGCAGAAGCGGCCCCAGUUCAAGGGCUUUGAAGGAGCCCCUUCUGCCUGAGAGCUGUGAAGAAAGCACUGAUAUUCCCAGGAGAGAGGCCACCCCGGCUCCUGGCACACCUCAAAACAUUCCCAAGACAGUCCUGAAUUUAGGCUCCCUACCUGCAGUGACAAAUCCAAUGACUUCUUGUGGGAAACUAGAAGAAAUGGGUUCCAAAGAGCAGUUUCCUUCCUUUAGUUUUGAAGACCAGAAGGAUGUCCGUGAGCUGUCCCAGUGCAGUAAUCCCAGUGCUGCUCCGGGCAGAAGUCCAGGAGAUCUCUCUACCUCGAGAGCGCCUUGCUUCUCACCUCCGAAUGUGAUCUCCUUUGGUCCAGAUCAGGCCAGUCGAGUUCUAAGGGAUCAGAGCAAUACUGGAGGCCAAGGGAAGAAGCUCUUUGGUUGUAGGAACGUAGCUGCGGCCCUCCAGUGCCCCAGGCCUGUGGAGCCAACGCCGUUGCCUGCUGAGGUCCCUCCGGACUUUGCCAGUAGGAAGUUGGGGCCAAGCAAAAACUCUGUGUCUGGUGGGGCACAGACUGGAAGGGAAGACUGGGCUCCAAAGCCACCACCUGCUUCUGCUAGCAGCAUGAAGAAUGAAAAGACUUUUGUGGGGGGUUCUCUCAAAGCAAAUGCAGAGAACAGAAAAACUAUGGGGCACAGUCCCCUGGAACUGGUGGGUCACUUGCAAGGGAUGCCUUUUGUCAUGGACCUGCCCUUUUGGAAAUUACCCCAAGAGCCGGGAAAAGGGCUUAGUCAGCCUCUGGAGCCUUCUUCUAUCCCCUCCCAACUCAACAUUAAGCAGGCAUUUUAUGGAAAGCUUUCUAAACUCCAACUAAGUUCCACCAGCUUUAAUUAUUCCUCCAGCUCCCCCAGCUUUCCCAAAGGCCUUGCUGGAAGUGUGGUGCAGCUGAGCCACAAAGCGAACUUCGGUGCGAGCCACAGUGCAUCACUCUCCUUGCAGAUGUUCACCGACAGCAGCACGGUGGAGAGCAUCUCGCUGCAAUGUGCAUGCAGCCUGAAGGCCAUGAUCAUGUGCCAGGGCUGUGGCGCGUUCUGUCACGAUGACUGUAUUGGACCCUCAAAGCUCUGUGUAUUGUGCCUUGUGGUGAGAUAAUAAAUUAUGGCCAUGGGAAAAAUUGUACAUUCAGUGUGUGCGUUUUGAUAAUGGUUGAUCCUGAAUCUGUAUACAGAAUAUCAUUGCUCUAACAGACUCCGUCUCCUGAGGCAAGCACACUCGCCUCCACAUAAAAUUCACAGUGCUAAAGCCUCUGUCACUUGCUGACCCUUCUGGUCUUGCCGAAGGGGGUUCCUGGGGUGCAUCCUGUUGGGCUGCUCAAGACCCGUCAGCCUGAGCACUCUCGCAGGUACUCAGAGCCUGGUGUGGCGUGGGGAGCCUGCCUGAAACCAAUGGGACUUGAAACUGAGGCAAGAAGGUUGCGUUCUCCACCAGGGGCACCAGCUACCUGGACUGAGUAGCAGUGUCAGUCUUCCACUGCCCCUCCUUGCCAUCUUUUCUUCUGCUACUGUGUGGGGAGCUGAUCAUGGAGGAGGAAGCCAGCACAGGGUCGAGUAACUUCCAGCAUUGUCCACCAGGGGGCUGGAGCCCCUGCUGACCUCAGGGUCACGGUUGAGUCUUUUGCCAGUUUGACCUUCGGUUCUGGUGCUGAAGCAAAUUUGGUACUUUCCUGUCUCAGUAUGAUCCACUGGCUUACAGGAUCUUUCGGAAACUUUAAUAGCCCUGCUUGGACAAGGGGGUCAGGGAAUUAGGUGACUUUCCUCUGGAAAUGCCACGGGCAGACCCUGUGAGUCACCUGAACCAACGUUGAUGUUUGCAGGUGAAUUCCUCUGCUUGACACUCUCCCGUCACUUUGGACGCUCUGGGAGUGGGUAUCUCCACGCACUUGUGUAUGUGAAAGUCAUUUUACAUUUCAAAGCAGUGUGUGUGUCUUAUUUUUAUAUUUUUAACUCUUUAUUCUUGGAUGUAUAAAGUGAACUUUUUUGCUUCUGUAAGUAUGCGCUAUGCACCUCUAAUGUUUUAUCAUGUAUUUAUAUGUUGUACACAGUACUGGCCGAUUCUGUAAAUGGAUGUGUUGUACAGAGAACACGAGCGUCUCUUCCUUAUGUUCCUUCCUCGGCAUCAUUGCAUUAAAGUGAGGUAAUUCACUUCUCUGUACCUGUUGUCAGAACCACUGAGUGCUGCCCGACGGGAGGGUGAAGUGAUUGACUCAUGAUCUGCCAGGGUAGCCCAGCACCCUGUCACGGGUCGCUGGGCAGAACUGCCACAGCCUGCAGAGCCACGGUCAGCCCACCCGCACGCCCCCGAGCAGAGGCGUCUUGCCCUCACCUCUCUCCUCCAGCCUUACACGGCUGCUUGGCGCCAUGUGACAAAUUGCCACCACCAAUGUGAAGUGCUUCUGGAUUUGUGGGUGAGUCCCCUGGGCAGCCCCCAGGCAAACCUUCCAGAUCUGGCUCCAGGGUCACCACCUGUCACAGCAAUACCUGGGACCAUGCUCGCCUGGGGCCACGAGGCUCCUCUUGACGUACUUUUGACAGCAGAUGUGGGAAGAAACAAAGCCAUGCCUGCCCCUCUCUCUACAUGUUUCCACCAAGUUGAGGUCUGUUUUGUUGUCCCUCACCGUGUGUCCUGCCUUAUUUCUUGUAUCUCGACUUACUAGAGAGUCGAGAGUCCUCUCUGUUUAAUUUAGGCCUCCCCAUGUGAGUGCUUCUUUAUGAAGUAUAAAAUGUGUAUGACUUCAAGUCUCAUUUCAUCUGAAAGGUUCCUCCCUCUCCACCAACUUAAUCCGAUGCAGCUUUUUAGUCGCUCGAGCAUGAGUGGGAAGUUGGUGACGAUGCGAUUUAAAUGCAGUAUUGGCCAAGUCCAAGUUGUCAACUCAAGAGUCUGUUUACCAAAGACCGGGAGCAGGGGUCCAAGCAUGUCCGAUCCUCCUCUUCCUUCUGCUGGGACCUCUGGGGCCACUCGAGGGUACAGUUUGACACUGGUCUGGUCCAUGGGGCUGCCCAGAGAAAAGCACUGCUCUUGUAUGUCUCAUGUGGUAUUGGAAAAAUAAACCUGUACAACCUGC